CGCUCGUAGGGGGAGCUGCUGCAGGCUCCGCGGCGGCGGCGGCAACGGAGGCUGCGGGGGCGACGGCGCUAGCGGCCGGGCUUCGGGGGGAAGCCGAGCCCGGCCCGGGAGCCCGAGCAGUGCAAGUGCGAGGCACCUAGGCCCUUCACACUGGACUCCUCUGUCUCCCGGCCGCCUGUCCUUCGCACGGGUAUAUGGGAUGGAAGCGGGACCCUCGGGAGCAGCUGCAGGUGCCUACCUGCCUCCCCUGCAGCAGGUGUUCCAGGCACCUCGCCGGCCUGGCAUUGGCACUGUGGGCAAGCCAAUCAAGCUUCUGGCCAAUUACUUUGAGGUGGACAUUCCUAAGAUUGACGUUUACCACUACGAGGUGGACAUCAAGCCAGAUAAGUGUCCUCGCAGAGUCAACCGGGAGGUGGUGGAGUACAUGGUCCAGCAUUUCAAACCUCAGAUCUUUGGGGACCGCAAGCCUGUGUAUGAUGGGAAGAGGAACAUUUACACUGUCACGGCACUGCCCAUUGGCAACGAGAGGGUUGACUUUGAGGUGACAAUCCCUGGGGAAGGGAAGGAUAGAAUUUUCAAGGUCUCCAUCAAGUGGCUCGCCAUCGUGAGCUGGCGCAUGCUGCAUGAAGCCCUGGUCAGUGGCCAGAUCCCUGUGCCCUUGGAGUCUGUGCAAGCCCUGGAUGUGGCCAUGAGGCACCUGGCAUCUAUGAGGUACACCCCUGUGGGCCGCUCCUUCUUCUCACCGCCUGAGGGCUACUACCACCCGCUGGGGGGUGGGCGCGAGGUCUGGUUCGGCUUUCACCAGUCUGUGCGCCCUGCCAUGUGGAAGAUGAUGCUCAACAUUGAUGUCUCAGCCACUGCCUUUUACAAAGCACAGCCAGUGAUUGAGUUCAUGUGUGAGGUCCUGGACAUCAGGAACAUAGAUGAACAACCCAAGCCCCUCACGGAUUCCCAGCGUGUUCGCUUUACCAAGGAGAUAAAAGGCCUGAAGGUGGAAGUGACCCACUGUGGACAGAUGAAGAGGAAAUACCGCGUGUGUAAUGUUACCCGCCGCCCUGCUAGCCAUCAGACGUUUCCCUUGCAGCUGGAGAGCGGGCAGACUGUGGAGUGCACCGUGGCACAGUAUUUCAAGCAGAAAUAUAACCUUCAGCUCAAGUAUCCCCACCUGCCCUGCCUACAGGUUGGGCAAGAACAGAAGCACACGUAUCUGCCCCUCGAGGUCUGUAACAUUGUGGCUGGGCAGCGGUGCAUUAAGAAGCUGACUGACAACCAGACUUCGACCAUGAUAAAGGCUACAGCUAGGUCAGCUCCAGACAGACAGGAGGAGAUCAGUCGCCUGAUGAAGAAUGCCAGCUACAACUUAGAUCCCUACAUCCAGGAAUUUGGAAUCAAAGUGAAAGAUGACAUGACGGAGGUGACGGGGCGAGUGCUGCCGGCUCCCAUCUUGCAGUAUGGCGGCCGGGUGAGCAGGAACCGGGCCAUUGCUACACCCAACCAAGGUGUCUGGGACAUGCGUGGGAAACAGUUCUACAACGGGAUUGAGAUCAAAGUCUGGGCCAUCGCCUGCUUCGCACCACAAAAACAAUGUCGAGAAGAGGUGCUCAAGAACUUCACGGACCAGCUGCGGAAGAUUUCCAAGGACGCAGGGAUGCCCAUCCAAGGCCAACCAUGCUUCUGCAAAUAUGCGCAGGGGGCGGACAGCGUGGAGCCCAUGUUCCGGCAUCUCAAGAACACCUACUCAGGCCUGCAGCUCAUUAUCGUCAUCCUGCCAGGGAAGACGCCUGUGUAUGCUGAAGUGAAACGCGUUGGAGACACACUCUUGGGAAUGGCAACACAGUGUGUGCAGGUGAAGAACGUGGUCAAGACCUCACCUCAGACCCUGUCCAACCUCUGCCUCAAGAUCAACGUCAAACUCGGCGGCAUUAACAACAUCCUCGUCCCACACCAGCGCUCUGCUGUUUUUCAACAGCCAGUGAUUUUCCUGGGAGCAGAUGUUACACACCCCCCAGCCGGGGACGGGAAGAAACCAUCGAUCACGGCAGUGGUAGGCAGCAUGGAUGCACACCCCAGCCGCUACUGUGCUACUGUGCGUGUGCAGCGCCCACGGCAGGAGAUCAUCGAAGACUUGUCCUAUAUGGUGCGUGAGCUGCUCAUCCAGUUCUACAAGUCCACCCGCUUCAAGCCCACCCGCAUCAUCUUCUACCGAGAUGGGGUACCUGAGGGCCAGCUCCCCCAGAUCCUGCACUACGAGCUGCUUGCCAUUCGAGAUGCCUGCAUCAAACUGGAGAAAGACUACCAGCCUGGGAUCACUUACAUUGUGGUGCAGAAACGCCAUCACACCCGCCUUUUUUGUGCUGACAAGAAUGAGCGGAUUGGGAAGAGUGGUAACAUUCCAGCUGGGACCACUGUGGACACCAACAUCACCCACCCGUUUGAGUUUGACUUCUAUCUGUGCAGCCAUGCAGGCAUCCAGGGUACCAGCCGACCAUCCCAUUAUUAUGUCCUUUGGGAUGACAACCGUUUCACAGCAGAUGAACUCCAGAUCUUGACAUACCAGCUGUGCCACACUUACGUACGAUGCACACGUUCUGUCUCUAUCCCAGCACCUGCCUACUAUGCCCGCUUGGUGGCUUUCCGGGCACGAUACCACCUCGUGGACAAGGAGCAUGACAGUGGAGAGGGGAGCCACAUAUCGGGGCAGAGCAACGGGCGAGACCCCCAGGCCCUGGCCAAAGCUGUGCAGGUUCACCAGGACACUCUACGCACCAUGUACUUCGCGUGAAGGCAGAACGCUGUUACCUCACUGGAUAGAAGAAAGCUUCCCAAGCCCUGGGAGCUGUACCACCCGAAUCUGGAAGAAGCAAGGAAGAGGGAGGUGGGGUCGGGACGUGUGUAGGAGGCCUUGUUUCUAUCUACAGAGGGGAUCUAAGGGUGGGAAGAGGACCAGCAAGACAGACUACCAGCCAGAAAUCUCUGAUAGCAACCUCAUGUCCUCUACCCCUCUCCCCAUCUUGUUACACCUGACCCCAGGGGACCAAAAGGAGCAGCACUAGUGCCCACCAUACACACAGUUGCCUCAUGUGACUCACAGUGCUAAAGACUCACGCUUGACAGCUUGCUAAGGUCAGCUCUGCAGUCCUGUGGUCAAAGGCUGGUAUGUUUGGGUUUGAUAUUCUAGAUGAGAAAGUGGGUGGGAGGAGGGAAGGAAUUUUUAGGAGCCUUAAUCAGAAAAGGUCUAGAUUUGUUUAAGAAGAAAAAUGAAAACAGACUCAGAUCAAUAUUUUAGGAUACUAGAUGUUUUCAUGGGUUCAGAAUCCAGUUUGUAGGAAGAUUUUUAAUGCUAAUGGUUUGGGUCGCUCCUCCCCAGCUGCACCCCCUUCCAUUAUUCCUCUCCAUAUGUUCUACCCCAUAUGCCUCUUCCCUGAUGGAUAUCCAGCCCCUAGGAACACUUAAGGCACUAUGGCACUUAGCUCUGAAGUGACAAGACCCAGUCUUCCUUCCGCCCGCUGGUGGGUAACCAGUGCCUUCCCUGUAACGGCAAUGCUGCAGAACUGCAACCUUUUGUACCUUUCUUUGUGGGAUGGGGUAUGGGUGGGAGAGGAGAUAGGGAGGGAGGGAAGAGGUAUCCCAAUGCCAGCAAGCCUCCAGCCAGAAUGCCAGCUAUUUUUCAUUUGACGGAAUUGACUUCCAUAUUCAAUGAGCUUUUAAAAAAAAGAAAGAAAGAAAGAAAAAGAGACCACAACCUCCAGAUGGUUAAAAUCCAUUGACAUUUGCACUUUCAGACUGACGAGUCUCCGAGCUGCUGAGAUGACUGGCCCUUGGCCUUUCCCCUUUA